CUCGCGUCUGCCGACAGCCUGUCCUCGUCGCUCGAGUCAUGUCCACCGUGAUCAUUGUCGACCCGAUCUCCACCGGCGGCGCCUUGGCGGCCGAGCUUCACUCCCGCGGCAUCAAGAUGAUCUGCGUUUGGUCCAGCGAGGUUGGCGAGAUGCGGACGCACGUCCCCGACAUCGCGAAGCACCUCUCGUGGCUCGCCGUCCUCGAGGAAGGAUCCGACGGGAUCGAGAGCCUCGCCCUUCAGGUCCAGCAGGUCGUGAGCGAGUCGAAGACCGAGCUCGUGGCGUGCCUUGCAGGCGGAGAGCCAGGCGUGCUCUGCGCCGAUGCCCUCUCCUCGGCCCUGAACCUCCGCUCCAACGGCGUCGAGCCACAGCGGCGCAACAAGUCCUGGCAGCAGAAGGCCGUCCGCGCCGCCGGCCUCCGCGCCACACGAGAGGCGUCGGGCACGUCUGUCGACGACGCGUGCGUGCAGGCCUUCCUCUCUUCGGAGCAGUACCCGAUCAUCGUCAAGCCGACCGAGUCGGCGGGCAGCGACGGCGUCAAGAAGUGCGCAACCAAGGCGGAGGCGGAGGCGCACUUUGAGGUCCUCAUGCACGCGCAGCACCGCGUCGGCUCGGUGGGCGCCGCAGUCAUCUGUCAAGAGUUUCUCGCGGGCGACGAGUACGUGGUGGACCACGCGUCGCGUGACGGCGAGCACAAGCUGGUGAUGAUCUGGAAGUACGACCGCCGGCCGUGCAACGGCGGCGACUUUGUCCUCUUCAGCAUGGUCCCCGUCCCAUCCGACGCGCCCGAGGUGGCUGGCUUGGUCGCGUACACGCGCGGCGUCCUCGACGCGCUCUCCCUCAAGCACGGCGCCUCGCACGCGGAAGUGAUGCUCACGGCGGACGGGCCGUGCCUCGUCGAGAUGAACUGCCGCGCGCACGGCGCCGACGGCGUGUGGGCGCCGCUCGCGCGCGCCCUGACCGGAGGGUACUCGCAGCUGGACGCAGCGGCCGACGCGGCCCUCGACGCGGCAGCCUUUGAGGCUCUGCCCGGGCGCUACGGCCCCUUCAAGGCGGCCGGCCAGUUCACGCAGCUCGUCAGCCGCUCCGAGGGCACGAUCGCCUCGCUCGCGCCGCUCGACGCCGUCCGCGCGCUGCCCUCCUUCCAGCACAUGCAGGUGUCGGUCGACGUCGCCGUCGGCAGGCGGCUCGUGCGCACUGUCGACCUGUUCACCGCAAUGGGCUUCGCGAUCCAGUGCCACGACGACCCGGCCAUCGUCGCGGCGGACGUGGCGGCGAUCCGCGCGAUGGAGGAGGCCGGCGCCCUUGUCGAGCUCGUCGAGCCGAGCUCGUCGUGCUCGUCGGAGGCCGACGCAGGCAUGCCCAUCAAGGCCGACCAGCGCGUGCUUGUGUCGGUCCAAUGAGCGCGGCGGAGCGCCCGCUCGCUGUAUGCGCGCGUUCGAGCUGCGUGUGUGCACGCGCGCUGUGAGAGGCACGCACGAGACCUGCUUGUGCUUGCAGAGUAGUCUCUCUCCCCCUCUCUCCCUCCCUCUCUCCCUCCCUCCCAGCCCUCCCUCUCCCUCCUCUCCCUCCUGUGAGCUGCGUGUGUGAGUGUGUCUCCUCUCUCUCUCCGCGCCUCUCUCUCUCUCUCUCUCUCUCUCUCUCUCUCUCUCUCUCUCUCUCUCUCUCUCUCCACUCGAGUCAGUGGCCAUGUCCCUAUUGUCUAAAAUGUGUCGGUGGACACACCGAUUAUUUAUUUGUCUAAAAUUUGCGACAUCUUUU